UUGAUCCACCCCUCUUGUAUAAUAAUGUACUUCCGGUAGUCAAGGUAAGCAUGUGCGGCCAAUUGUAAAAUCGCAAACAGAGCAAGUGGAGGUAGUGGUCACACAGAAACGCUAAUGUUUUUUCUACACUACUGAGUGUAUAUUAGCCGCAUGUUCUACCUCGGCCAACCGUUUGAUUCUAUGUUAUUUGCGGUUUCGUUGCUAAUGAUGUUAGCGCGAGGAGGACUCCUGUCCAGAUUCGUAUGGAACGGUUGCCGAAGGAUGGGAAACUUCACAUCCUUCAGCUCAAGUGGUCUGUCAAGCACAACAGCAUGUGGUCAGUUUCUACAGGAGGUGGUGUCUCAUAACUGCAUUGUCAUAUUUUCCAAGACCACUUGUCCAUAUUGCAAAAUGGCCAAAAAUGUAUUCAAUGAAAUUGGUGCUACAUACAAGGUGAUAGAGCUGGAUGAACACAACGAUGGAAGACGACUACAAGAGGCCUUGGCGCAGAUGACCGGUGCCAGAACAGUUCCGAGGGUCUUCAUCAAUGGAAACUGCAUUGGAGGAGGCUCUGACACAAAGGAACUACACCAGAAGGGAAAGCUGCUGCCUCUGAUAGAACAAUGUGCCCCGUGCUGCGUGAAAAUUAACACUGAAGGCUCGGGCAGCGGACAGUUCGAGUCCACCAAAUGACUAACCGUUCUAAUUCUCACUGUAAUUUAUCCUGUGUUUAUUUAAUGUUUCCUCGACUUUGUGUGAUCACUUGUUAUCGUCACCCUUCGUCUACAUUCAGGGAAUGUACAGUAUUUUAAUGAAUUAAAUCAAAUCAAAUUUAUUACAUCA